UAGUGUGAUAAAAUCACUCACUUACCUCGUAUGUGUAUAGUUAUAUCCAAUACAGGGAUUAUGGGUUUCGUUGCCAUGACAACAAAGUUGUAAUAUUGGCGAUAGCUUCCACAGAUGAGGUUAUUAUAACACUAAAAUAAUGUUAACGUACAUAAUGUUUACAUCUUGUGGCUGUACUGUUGAAGCCAUGUUUAUUUUAAUGUUUACUGACUGGCCCCAUUCACUUCCACUGUAAUGUUUUUUUUUAUUUUAUUUUUUUUUAUAAAAACCUUUUAAUCACUAUGGACCCGCCGGCAGGGGGGGGCGCGCUAUAUCGCGAGAAAAGUUUCCGCUUAAAACAUUAAAAUAUCCAUAUACUGUACAUAAGUCAGACUUAUGAGGUAUAAUUUGAAAAUGUAGAAUCUAAACUUUUCAGCGAUAACCAUCACUUCUGCAUUUAUGUUACAUAAAAUAACAAAAUAAGACCUCAAAACAUUCGCGUUGAAAAUUAGCGCCCCCAAGAGGAAACGGGGUAGAAAUAUUUAUAUGAAAUAAAAAUCCCUCACUUAGCACCUAAAUGGACAAGUCAUUUAUCAUAUAAAAGCUCUCAUUCUCAGAAAUGUGACUAUAUAGUUUAUUUUGUUGCCCUAAUACCACAGUUCAAAAGAUUUUCAAAAGAAUCACAAAGUGAAAUAUUAUUUCUGUAAGUCAUCAAAUACAAAUGUCUCUUUUAUGCUCCAAUAAAUGCUGCUGUAAAUUUAUAUCUGCUUUUCCUUAGGAAGUUCUCUUAAAAAAAAAAAAAAAAAAAAAAAGAGAAAUUUUUUGCUUGGCUGAAUACUCCAAUGUUAUAUCUUAGAUGUCCAGAACAAAAUAUGCCAUCCAGAAGGAAAAGCAUGCUAAACAAAUCAUCAGAAAAUAUGUUUUCGACUAUUCAUGAAAAAAUCUCAGCUUUCUAAUGACACCUAGAUUGAGCUUUUAGUCCACUCAGAGGCCGAGAUAUUCAGUGAAACAACAAGGGUGGUGCUUUAACUGAAAAUUAGACUGAAUGUCUAUGGACGAGCACAUCUGUGAGGGCCAAAAUGCAUUAGAGCACCACCUACAUUUAGAUCUGUAUAUUGUGAUGGAACGUGAUAGAGAAUAAACUCUCUCUUCUAGUGCUUACUGCCACCUAGUGGAAUAAAAUGAGACUUUUCAAAGUGAUGUAGAGUCAACAGAACCAGAAUAUGUUUACAAAGUUAGGAAAACAAAAAAAAGAUUUGAUUAUCAUAAUAUUAUAAACACAAAUAAUAUUAUUUAUGAAUAAUUGGAGUCUUGGUUCUCAAAAAUGAGAAAGUUUUUGCAAUUAUUCCACAAUAGGUGUGAAUGGUGAGCUUUUAAAUUUGAGUGUGAAACCAAUCAGAAUCAAGCAUUUAACAGAUGUGUGGUAUAAGGGGUUAAUAUUACCAGUAUAACCAGUUAGUAAAAGGAAUCCAAAUGUUCUUAGUAAACUCAUGCCUGACUGGUGUCAGUAAAGUCUGUUCCUCAGGGCAUCCAUUAUUGUGUCUUUGCAAACAAGGUUACCUAACCACCUAACCUAAAUCAUUUGUUGUUUUGUAACAGUUUUUCAUAAGUUUUUGUGUGUGUGUGGGUGUGUGUGUUUGAUAAGGUUUAUAUACAGUAAGUGGGCAGAGUCCAGAUGCUGGUACGUUUGUCAAACAGCAGGUUGUGUAACUUGUCAAGAGGGACAAUAAAAUACGGGAUGAAGAGCCAUUAUAUUGGCUGUUUCAUAAUUUAAUAGACAGACAGUCCUAUUCUAAACUCGUGUCUUUAUAAAGGCUGGGAUACGUAUAUACUGUAUUAUACACUGAUGAGCCAAAACAUUAUGACCAGCUGCCUAAUAUGCUGUUGGUCCUCCUCGUGCAGCCAAUAAAGCACUGACCUGUGGAGGCAUGGACUCUAAAAGACCCCUGAAGGUGUCUUGUGGUAUCUGGCAUCAAGAUGUUAGCAGCAAAUCCUUCACGUCCUGUAAGUUGUGAGGUGGAGCUGCCAUGGAUCGGACUUGUUGGUCCAGCACAUCUCACAGAUGCUCAAUCAGAUUGAGAUCUGAGUCAUUUGGAGGCCAGGGCAACACCUUGAACUCUCCAUCAUGUUCCUCAAACCAUUCCCGAACAAUGUGUGCAGUGUGGUAGGGCGCAUUAUCCUGCUGAAAGAGGCCACUGCCAUCAGGGAAUACCAUUGCCAUGAAGGGGUGUACCUGGUCUGCAAUGGUGUUUAGGUAGGUGGCACGUGUCAAAUUGACAUCCACAUGAAUGGACGGAGCCAGGGUUUCCCAGCAGAACAUUGCCCAGAGCAUCACACUCCCUCCACCAGCUUGUCGUCUUCCCACAGUGCAUCCUGGUGCCAUCACUUCCCCAGAUGUAAAAGAAAACGGGACUCAUCAGACCAGGCGACCUUCCACUGCUCCAAGGUCCAGUUCAGAAGCUCGCGUGCCCAUUGUAGGCACUUUUGACGGUGGACAGGGUGCGACGCACUGUGUGUCGUGACACAUUCCUCCCGUAACAAUCAUUAACAUUUUCUGUGACUUUUGCCACAGUUGACCUUCUGUCGGUUGUGACCAGACAGGAUAGCCUUCCUUGCCCUUGUGAAUCGAUGAGCCUUGGGCACCCAACUCCCUGUCGCCGGUUUGUGGUUUGUCCCUCCUCGGACCACUGUUGGUAGGUACUCACCACUCCUGACCGGGAGCACAGUUUCAGAGAUGCUCUUACCCAGUCAUCUGGCCAUAACAAUUUGGCCCUUGUCAAAGUCGCUCGGGUCUUUACUCCUGCCUAUUUCUCCUGCAUUCAACACGUUGACAACGAGAAGGGAUUGUUCACUUAUCAUCUAAUCUACCCAGACCUUGACAUGUGACCUUCUUAGGAGAUGAUCAACAUUAUUUGCUUCACCUGUGCGCAAUAAUGGCAGACACGGCCGUUCAAAUGACCAGGUUUGAAGAUAGGAGGAACACCGUGCCCACCAACUUCUCAUCGUCCCGUAAAGGAUCUACCGUGAGCUUCCACAAGAUCCACUACAGUGUGAAGAUGAAGAGUGGAUUCCUCUGCAAGAGGAAAGUCACGCGUAAAGAUAUUCUCAUCGACCUCAACGGUCUCAUGAAACCAGGACUGAACGCAAUAUUAGGAGCGACCGGGAGUGGAAAAUCAUCUUUCCUGGAUGUUCUGGCAGCCCGCAAGGAUCCCGCGGGUCUUUCCGGGGAAGUUCUGAUAGACGGAGCACCACAACCCCCAAACUUUAAAUGUCUGUCUGGAUAUGUAGUACAGGAUGAUGUUGUCAUGGGGACGCUGACUGUUCGAGAGAAUCUGCGAUUCUCAGCUGCACUGCGGCUCCCAAAAUCAAUCAGUCAACGCGAAAAAGAUGAGAAAGUGGAGAGACUUAUUCAAGAACUCGGCCUGAGCAAAGUAGCAAAUUCACGGGUGGGCACGCAGCUGAUUCGUGGGAUUUCGGGUGGAGAGAGGAAAAGGACGAAUAUCGGUAUGGAGCUGAUCAUUGAUCCGUCGGUUCUCUUCCUCGAUGAACCCACCACAGGACUGGACGCCAGCACGGCAAACUCUGUGCUCAUGCUGCUGAAACGGAUGGCAAACAACGGCCGCACCAUCAUUCUGUCCAUCCACCAGCCGCGGUACUCCAUCUACCGUCUGUUCGACAGUCUCACACUGCUGGUGGGAGGCAGACAGGUGUAUCACGGACCCGCUCAGAACGCCCUGGACUACUUCAGUGAGAUCGGAUACACCUGUGAAGCCCAUAAUAAUCCUGCUGAUUUCUUCCUGGAUGUGAUUAACGGAGACUCUACGGCUGUCGCUCUCAACAGAUUAAACCACUACGAAGAAGUGGACCAGGAGCAUAGUUCGUCUCUAAAGGGAAUUGAGGAUCGUUUAGUGGAGGAAUACAAGAAAAGCCCCGCCUACAAACAGACCCAGAACGAGCUGGAGAGAAUCAUUCAGGGUCAAGAUUACAGCACACGGCCCAAAUCCAGAACCAUCACGUACAACACGUCCUUCUGCCAUCAGUUCAAAUGGGUUCUGAAGAGAACCUUCCGGAACCUGAUGCUCAAUCCACAGACCUCGUUUGCUCAGAUCGGGGUGAUGAUAUUUCUGGCUCUGAUUGUUGGAGCGAUAUUUUUUGGAGUGCAACCAAAUUCAAGCGGCAUUCAGAACAGGAUGGGUGCUCUGUUCUUCAUCACCACUAAUCAGUGCUUCAGUUCGGUUUCUUCAGCUGAACUUUUCAUCACGGAGAGGAAACUGUUCGUGCACGAAUACAUCAGUGGAUAUUACAGAGUUUCUGUUUACUUCCUGUCUAAAAUCCUGUCGGACAUUCUGACUCUGCGUACAAUCCCCGCCAUCAUCUUCAGCUGUGUGGCGUACUGGAUGAUAGGACUGAAAGCGACGGCAGAAGCGUUCUUCAUCUUUCUGUUCUCCAUUAUUUUGGUGUCGUACACGGCGACGUCCAUGACUCUGGCCAUCUCCGCCGAUCAGACUGUGGUGGCCAUCGCAAACAUCUUCAUGACCAUCAGCUUUGUCUUUAUGAUGAUCUUCUCUGGGCUGCUGGUGAAUCUGCCGAGUGUUGCGGGGUGGUUAAACUGGUUGAAGUAUUUCAGUAUUCCUCGCUACGGUCUCGCUGCUCUGCAGAUUAACGAGUUUACUGGACUGACAUUCUGUGACAACAGGAACACAAGCACCUCUGUUAGUUGUUCUACAGGUGAGGACUUCCUGCAGGAUCAGGGCAUUGAUCACUCAGCGUGGGGUUUGUGGCAGAAUAAUUUGGCUCUGGGAAUCAUGACCUUCAUUUUCCUGGCUAUUGCUUAUUUGAAACUUCGCUUCAUCAAGAAAUUCACAUAAACGCCUGAUCAAACUCUUCCACACACACUCCCUCUGUUGUAAUAUCUGCUAACAAUUUCAUAUUAUUGUAGUUUAGAUGAAGAAUUUGAGAGAUUAUAAAUGCACCAAUCAUCCUGUAGAGAAACUAAAGCAAAUACAGCCAUUCAGAGGAAAGGUUUGUAGCAAGACAGUAUAUUGGUUUAUGUUUAAAUAGAUCUUUUUACAGUCAUCACAGCAGUCUGUUAUUAAGUUAAAGUUGGUUCCGAUGUCGUUCUGUAAUAGUCUGUGCACACAGUAAAUAAAAGAGUUGCCAAUAUGGAGUCACUCCAGUUUUAUUUCCUGUAAAGUUUCAUUUUCAUAUUUUGAUAACUACUUUGUUUAAUACCUAAAUUGUAUGUCUGUUUUGCAAUUUUAUAUGAGACCCAAAUCUAAUAAAAACAAAUGUUUGGUUUCUUUGUUUCA